AUGACGGCCUGCAAGCACCCGGGCGGCCGCCUGGCCCACUUGGCGCAUCUCCUCACUCGCCACUGCCCGCCCCUGGCCUUGCCCGGCCCGGGCCCCGCUCGCGCCCUCGUCGACCUCGUCCUGCACCCACCUCCACCCCGGCCUGCCAUCCGCCCAAGCCCGAUCGCCCGCUCCAUCUUCACCUACACCACCCCGACGCCCGCACCCCGUGCGCCCGACCUCGCCCGCCUCUUUUCGACCUCGACCCGUCCUCUCGGCCGCGUCGUCGACAAUCUCCCGACCGACCCGCACCAUCGCGCCCUCGCCGCUCGCCCACCUCGGCCAGCGCAUGACGACAAGCGCCCACACGGCGACGAGGGUGCGCACGGCGCCGACCCGCACACGGCCAGCUCGAGCGUCCUCGACGCCCUCCUCAAGGCGCGCGCUCGCGGCGCACCCUGGUGGUGGAAGGUCGCGCGUGCCCAGGUCGAGGCCCAGGACCGUCACCGCUCUCGCAACACGCACCGCCCGUCCGCCUGGCAAUGGCGCGCCUCGCCCAUCCAGCACGCCUUCUCGCGCGCCGGACCGAGCGCUGCGAGCACCCACGACUGCCACCACUCGUCGCCCGACCACCACGCCGCCGACCCGACCUCGCCGCUCUGCUUCGCCCACUCGUCGUCCUCCUCGAACGGUCGAGGCGACGGCCGCAGCGGCCACGCACACGGCUACCGCCGCGGCCACGACCCGGCCUCGUGCGCCCAGCCCCUGAGCGGCUGCCGAGCGUCGUCGAGCAGCUGGUCGUGGUGGUACCUCCUCGCCAACGAGCGUCGCCGCCGCGACCCGGCGUGCCAGGCCAGCUACGUCCGCCACGCGUGCCACGAGUGGCACGACUUUGCGGGCAAGGGCCCGUACGGCGCAGCGUACGCGCGCGCGCACGGCAACGACGACGUCGGCGAGGGCGAGGGCGGGUGCGUCGGGCAGCGGCGCGCGCCGAGGUCGUGCAGGAGGGAGUGGGACGUCCUGCGCGGCGCCCAGGUCGGCCAUGCGCGCCGCAGGAGGGGCCUCGCGCUGUCGCACCGCGCGAGAGCGCACGACGGCGGCGGCGGGCGGCGCAGCAGGAGCGAAGGUGCCGGCGCCGGCGCGCACCGCUCGGGCCCGUUCGACUACGAGGCGUUCCGGCGCGCGCACUGGCGGCGGCUCCUCAACUGGGACAGCAGCCGCCUUGGCGACGGCCCACGCGGCGACGGCGCGCUCGGGCGCCACCGCGGGCCGAGGUGGCUGCGCGCCAACGCGCCGCACUACUGGGUCCGGUGCGCGCACCGCUUCCGCACGAGGAAGAACGGCGCCCUGUUCGUCACGUGGCGGGCGUGCGACUCGGACGCGCUGCGGGUCGGCGCGGCGGCGGGCGACGGCGGGCGGCGCGGCAGGUGCGACGCGGGAGCCGUCAGGACGGGGUCCGUGCGGCCGCAGGUCGAGGCGGUCCACGCUCGCCCGCACGCGACACGGGCCACGCCGCCGUCGUCGUCGUCGUUCCUGGGCUCGUCGAUGCUCGGCGCGCCGGCUCGGCUCGCCCUGCGUGCCGGCGCCGCACGCCUCUUCUCGACGUCGCCGAGAUCCUCAAUCUCGUUCCUGCCGCCAUCGCCCACCUCCCUCGCCGGCGUGUGCACCCCUCUCGAGCUCGGGCUUCCCCUCCUCCUCCCCCUCGCGUCCCUCCUCAAGUCGACCGCCGCGCUCAACGUCCUGUCGUUCGUCACCCGCAUCAGCCUCACCCUCCUGCCGCUCUCGGCCCGGAGCCGCAUCCUCCACGCCCUGCGCGAGCGCUACCUGCGCGACCCGACGUCGCUCUCGGCGUCCCUCGUCGGGCGCUGCGCCCUCGAGCACCACGCGCGCACGCUCGCCGCCCCGAGCGGUUUCCUCGCCCGGUGGAACGCCCUCCUCGGCCUGCCCCUCCUCGUCCUCACGCCCCUCGUCCUCCUCGCGCUCGUCGCCCUCGCGAGCCUCGAGCGCACGCCCAUCACGGGCCGGUGGCGCGUCGUCAUGCUCUCGCCCGCCGAGGAGGCCGACCUCGUGCGCAGCGUGCUUGCGCCCACGUCCUCGCCAGGCGCGUCCGCCGUCGGCGCCGGCGUACCCGCACACGCGCAAGCCGCGCCGGUGCCCGAGGGCACGUCGCGCGAUUGGGUCGCGACGCUGCAGCGCGUCCUCGACCUCGCCGACGAGGGCCGCUCGCCGACGACGGGCCGCCGGCGCCUCCUCGGCGGCGACGUCCUCGACCAUCGCGACUGGCGCGUUCGCUGGGCCGAGGCCGUCCUGCGCGCCCUCGAGCAGGGCGCCGCGCCCGGGCUCGCGGCGGGCGACGGCGGCGUGCCCCGCAGGCGAGGCCCGAGCGUCCUCGCGCCGCCGCCGACGAGCUUCCCGCUCGAGCCGCGCGCCGAAGCGCUCGGCGAGGACUCGGCGUCGUGGUCGGACGAGUUCGUCCUCGCCAAGCCGGCGCACGCCCACUCGGCGCACGCGCACGCGCACACGGGCGGGCACGCCCAGGCGCCGCUCCGGCUCGAGUACGACCUGCUCGUCGUCGACCGCCCCGACGCCAACGCGUUCUCGUUCGGGUUCGGGCCCGACGCGCAGAGCGUCGGCUCGGGCCAGGGCCCGGCGUCGGCGGCAGCUGUGCGUCCAAGGCGGGGCGUCAUCGUCGUCUACACGGGCUUCCUGGACGAGAUCCUCGGGCGCUCGACGGCGCCGCCUGCCCUGUCCUCCUCCUCGAGUGCGAGCGUACACGGUUCGGCAUCCUCGACCGUCACCGCGGCCGACCCGCUGCGCGCCCACCUCGCGCCGACGACGCUCCCGACCGACGCCCAGACGCGUCAGCUCGCCGUCCUCCUCGCGCACGAGCUGGCCCACCUCGCCUUGAGCCACACGCUCGAGAGCUACGCGAGCUCGAGCCUGUUGGUGCCGCACCUCGCGAGGCUCACGUCCGACGUCCUGCGUACGUUCCUGUACCCGGUGACGGCGCUCCUCGGGCCCUUCAUCAACGACGCGCUCGGACGUUCGCUCUCCGAGGGCGCCCAAGGCGGGUUCGGCGUCCUCGCCGAGGCCGUCAACUCGUGCGAGAGCCGCAAGCUCGAGAGCGAGGCCGACGUCGUGGCGCUCAGGCUCCUCGCCACCUCGGGCAUCGACCCACACUGCGCCCUCUCGUUCUGGGAGGACCGCGUCGCCCACCCGUCGUCAUUGUCGUCGUCGUCGUCGGCGCCGGCGUCCACCACUCACGCACGCGCCCACGCCCACACGGUCCGCCCGCACUCGACGACCGCGCCCGAGAGCCUCCUGCGCUCGCACCCGGUCGACGAGGAGCGUGUCGAGCGCAUCCGGGUCGAGCUCGCGAGCUGGGAGAGGUGGUGGGCGAGCGCGAGUGCGGCUGGAGCGAGUGCUGCGGUGGCUUAGCC